AAUAAUCAAAUAAUUUUAGAAGCGGAUAAUUUUAUCACCGAACAACAACCAAACAAUGAAGGACAUUUCCGAUUAUUUAGUGGGCGUACAAUGCUUCAGAAACCUAUUUUAGUGAUCAAUCAUCAAUGUGAUAUGACAUAUUAUGAAUGUCAAAAGGAUAUCUACCGGCAAUUCAUAAUUUAUAUUCCGUAUUCCUACUAUAAUUCAGGAAGAAUCGGUUUGAAAGUAUUUCAUAUCGGUCGACUUGGUCUUAGCAUCAAAUAUCCCAAUGAAAGAAAUGAACCACUUACCGAUAUAACGACAUAG